UCCCCGCUGGCGGCCGCCCACUCUUCCCCGCUCUGUGCAGCCGGCAGUCUGUGGCUCCUCUCCUGCUGUCUCUCGGACACCCGCGCUCCAAACACAAACAUGUCUGAAAAGCUGCCGUUCAAAGUGGCUGACAUCAGCCUGGCGGACUGGGGGCGCAAGGCCAUCGAGAUCGCGGAGAACGAGAUGCCGGGGCUGAUGAAGAUGAGGGAGCUGUACGGCGAGUCCAAGCCGCUGAAGGGCGCGCGCGUCGCUGGCUGCCUCCACAUGACCCUGCAGACCGCCGUGCUGAUCGAGACCCUGCGUGCCCUGGGGGCCGAGGUCCAGUGGUCCAGCUGCAACAUCUUCUCCACGCAGGACCACGCCGCGGCCGCCAUCGCCAAGGCCGGCGUCCCGGUGUACGCCUGGAAGGGAGAGACGGAUGAGGAAUAUUUGUGGUGCAUCGAGCAGACCAUCUACUUCAAGGACGGGCAGCCCCUCAACAUGAUCCUGGAUGACGGGGGUGACCUCACUAACCUGGUGCACAAGAAGUACCCCAAACUGCUGGCAGGGAUCAAGGGCAUCUCCGAGGAGACGACCACCGGCGUGCACAACCUGUACAAGAUGCUGAAGAAUGGAGAGCUCAAAGUGCCGGCCAUCAACGUCAACGACUCGGUCACCAAGAGCAAGUUUGACAACCUGUACGGCUGCCGCGAGUCCCUGAUCGAUGGGAUCAAGCGCGCCACCGACGUGAUGAUCGCGGGCAAGGUGGCGGUGGUGGCGGGCUACGGUGACGUGGGCAAGGGCUGCGUGCAGGCACUGCGGGCGUUCGGCGCCCGGGUCAUCGUCACGGAGAUCGACCCCAUCAACGCCCUGCAGGCGAGCAUGGAAGGGUACGAGGUCACCACGAUGGAUGAGGCGUGCAAGGAAGGCAACAUAUUUGUCACGACGACGGGCUGCGAGGACAUCCUGCUUGGCAGGCACUUCGAGCAGAUGAAGGACGACGCCAUCGUGUGCAACAUCGGUCACUUCGACAUUGAGAUUGACGUGAAGUGGCUGAACGCCAACGCUCAGGAUAAGGUCAACAUCAAACCCCAGGUGGACCGGUACAAGCUGAAGAACGGGCGCCACAUCAUCCUGCUGGCGGAGGGCCGGCUGGUGAACCUGGGCUGUGCCAUGGGCCACCCCAGCUUCGUCAUGAGCAACUCCUUCACCAACCAGGUGCUGGCGCAGAUCGAGCUGUGGACCAACACUAGCAAGUACCCGCUGGGUGUCUACUUCCUGCCCAAGAAGCUCGAUGAGGAAGUGGCCGCCGCGCACCUGGAUAAGCUGGGGGUGAAGCUGACGAAGCUGUCGGAGAAGCAGGCCAAAUACCUGGGGCUGCCCCUCGCCGGGCCCUUCAAGCCCGACCACUACCGCUACUGAGCAGCCCCCCGUCCUCCCGCAGCCCCCCGCUCUCCGCGCUGCGCCUGCCGGGCUGCUCUGAGGCAUUGUGGGAGGCAGGAGGAGCGCUGGUCUGGCCCGGGGGGAAGACGGGACGAGGAGGGACCAGCUAUGCUGGGGAAGCACUUCCUUCAGCCUUCACACUGGUGUUAAACUGGGAAUUUUCUAUUGGAUGUUCUAAGGUAUCCCCAAAUGCAGAAAUGAAUGCCCUUUUCGUUCUUUUCCUGGACCUCUCACUUUGUUUUAAUUACUGGUAUCGUCUGAGUUGAACUGAGACCGACGCUGGGAACGGUUGUUUCAAAGCUACUGCCAUUACGUCUUAAGCACUUGUGUAAUGUUUGCCUUUGUUGUCAGUCUCUAUCAAACGAAGGGGGUGUAAAUAAAGGCCACGUUAUGCAGUAA